GUAUAUUCCUAUCAAGCUUCCAAAGUUCAACCAGCAUGACAUUUCCCGGACAACUAACCAGAUUAAACUUCACCGAUCAGAAUGGACGACCUUCUCACGCCCGUGAGCACAACCUACCUCAAACCUCGGAAUGAGCCUGAGCCGCUUUUCACAGAGGUUAAGCCAGCGUCUCCUCAGAAGAAACCAGCCAAGAUCAGUGACAGUUCGACGGCUGAUGAAAUUAUCGAUGCAUUAAAAAAUCAACCAGACUACGAUACACUUAUCUCGAUACUCAAGUUUCUAAAUAGCCCUAAACCUGCAUCUGGUAACUUCUCAUUCUCAACACCCAGUCCCAAAAGCGCAUCCAUCGUCCAUUUGUUGGUCUCGGAAAUCGCAUCCAAUUACUGGACACUUUUACUUGAGGGAAACAUCGAGGAUGAUACAAAGGGCAGAACCGCACUUCCACGAGAUGCAGAUCUUUUUCUUAGCUGUCUACGCAGUCUGACCGGUCUUAACGCCCUCAUCACACAAAUACGAGCUCUCAUUCAAGAGUCACGGCUAGGAGGGAAAGAAGAGAAGAGAGCAGACUUGUCAAUCAACGCCGGAAUUUCGUUGAGUGUUCUCUCUUCCAUUCUUGGUCGUGACGGUUCAAUUUCUACGAUAUGGAGCUCAUCAACCAAAGGAGUUUCCAAUGCCGCUCUGCAAAGAGUCCAGUGUCAGAAGCUUGGAUCAAUUCUCACGAACGGUCAAAUUGUAUCGAUUGCAGCAGAAGCUUUGGAAGUCAUGGGACGCGAUCGAAUUGACGAUGAGGCUCACUGGAUUGCCGACGGACUCCAAUAUAGCCGAUGGCUAGGAAAUGCCAUUGUCUCGUGGGUUAAUUCAUCCCCUGAACCCGAUGGUAUGGUGUUCGUUUGUGAGUUGUUCCAAAAGUCGUUGUCGCUGCAUAAUUCAGAAACUCUUAUCAAAAUUGCAAUCGACGAACUUCUUCUUUCCAAAAGAAACUCGAUUUCAACCUUCACACAACUUGCUCUCAGCCAAAAUCGAACAUCUAAGAAGGUAUUCCAUAUUUUGCUUCAGCACCUUUCACAGAAAUACUUGGAUCGUCUAAACCUGGAAGACGCAACCCCUGACGACAAGGUUUCUGCUGUUGCUGGGCUUCUCAAAGAAGUCGCAUUAAAUGACGAAACGAGAAGAGAUAUGCUUAUAAACUGGUGCGCAUCUUCAUCGGGCGCUGGUGUUGGCGAUGGAGUAGGUAUACGCCGAGCUGUCGUAGCUGCACUGGCACAAGAUCGAGACGCGAUUACUACUGUACUGGAGAGAAGCAUUGCACAGUUUGGAGAUGAGCUGUACAUCAGACAUUCAGCAAUGCUUCAACAAGAUGCACAUACCCAGAUAUUACUCCUUGCCGCUGGCUACGUGCACAGAGUUUCUCCGAUGAAACUGACGUUGCUCAUGCGAGUCGGCACAUAUAUGAACACCAUCUCCAAUCGAAUCGGUUCCACACAGCCCAGAGCUCAGUUUCUUGGUUUGGUAGUUGGGGAAUCGUUAUCUGCUCUUAUCGAUGACAAUAAGCAGAGGCUCGACUUCAAGAUGGAGCAGACAGAAACAGAGGAAGCGCAGCAAUUGAAGAGCCUUACCAAGGUUUCUGACCAUAUUGGCCCUAUCGAUCCUAUCCUAUCCGACCAUACAACUGAAACAGUCCCUCAGAAGCGAAAGCCUUCAACGCCAAGCGAGGCUCUUCAAAAGAAAGCCAAGCAAAAGAAGAGGCCUGUUGUCACUGAAGUCAAGCCAAGAGCUAUCAUCGAGGAAAUCGAUUCUUCAGAAGAGGACGACGAUCUCGCCCCUUACUCAAAGGACUCUGACCCUGAAGACUCGGAUGACGACGCGACACUUGUACAACGCAACAAGCCCAAACCGCCGGUUUAUAUCAGAGAUCUCAUCUCGUAUUUCAGAGACUCUGAAUCAUACGACAAGCAGUUGCUCGCUUUACAGACAGCUCCAAUUCUCAUCAGACGCAAAGCCAAUUAUGGAACCGAGGUAAGUUUCCACGCUGAUGAGUUGGCCGGGCUUUUGGUGGGCAUACAAGACAAGUUUGAGAUCGAAAACUUCGAUGAUUUACGGUUACAAGGUAUGGUAGCGCUUGUUGUCUCUCAACCUAAGACUAUGGCCCCCUGGUUUGCUCGAACUUUCUUCGAGGGUGACUAUUCCCUCCACCAACGGACAUCAAUACUUGUCACAUUGGGCCUGUCAGCCCGAGAACUGGCUGGUUUCGAAGUAUCUCAAUACCAGUCGGCUGCUGCCUUUCCCUCGAAGCGGCUCCCUGAAAAGAUGGAGCAACUAUACAUUAGCUCGGCGAAUGAAAGCAACACCCUGCCAUCUUCUCAACUGAAAGCACUCCCAUCAACUGCUCUCGAGAGUAUCUCACAGUCGCUGACAUCUUCAUUCCUUGCUCCGCUUGCUGCGGAAGCAGCCGAUGCCAACACAGGACCUGAUGUUCUAAAGCUUCAAAGCUUCACGGCCCGCUACAAGUCCAAAUCGAGUUCCAAACCUCGUAUGCGUGCUAUUCCCAAUACGACUGCCGCUCUCCUUGCGACAUCUUUCUUCUCCCCACUCACGGCACAUUUUCAAGCCGCGCUUCGUUCUGUCAAACCAAUUAUUCUCAACCAUGCACUUCUGGCGCUCUACCUACAGACGUUGGGUGUUAUUGUUCACGCUGCUGGACCCUCCACGCUUUCAUUGCCACAGUUGACCGCGGAGCUAUGGGAUUUGCUUCUCGGCGUUCGUGUACAUGUUUUCGACGAUCUCGGCGCUAUGAAAGGCUGGCUCGUGGCCAUGGCGUCCCUGCUGGAAGUAAAUGGCGGCGACAUGCGUCGUCUUUGUGAAACACAAGGCAGAGAGGUGAUGGAGACAAGGGAAUGGGUCGCAAUGGUGUUCGAGAAGACAAGAGGAGAGGAUGGAGGGGAUGAGAACGAGGUCAAAAUGUUGGCGGCAGGAGUUUUGAUCAGGUUGGGAGAGGCUAUCGAAAGCUACCAAGCUUUGCUAAUGGGAGACCUGGUCGGAUUCCAAUAAGCCAAAUACGGGAGCUUGGUGGAUGGGAAAAUUUCAAUCAUUCUAUUCGUGAUUUAUUAUGAUCAU